AUUAUCUUUCUCAUUUUUUAUAAUCGCUCCAAUACCCGACCCACUACCAUUAAACGUUGUUGCAUCAACGUUGAUCUUGUAGAGCCCUCUUAUUGGCAGCUCCCAUAUGACCGGCCUCUGCAUGCGUGAGGUUUUUCUUUGAGAUGCUCCCAGACGCAAGUCUGGUCCAUAAGGAUCCUCUUCCAGCUCAAGUUUGGAGGUAUAGUAAGCUUUGGGGUGGCCCACAAUGCCACAAGUGUAGCAGAACAUUGGAAGUCCUCACGAAGAGUAUCCACUCUCGAGUCAACCCAUAUCAAGGAGCCAAGACUCUCUCCUAUCUUGUGUGCCAUCUCAGUAGUCUUCAGUGCAUCAUGUAAGCCGAAUACACGAAACCAGAUAUCCAUUGUAUAGAAAUCUUCCACUUUUGGUUUAUGAAACGCAUUUGCCGCCUUGAAAAUCAUUAAGUUGUUUUCAUAGUGCCAAGGUCCAUCUAAGAGAACUUACUCUCUAUCUUGUUUAUCAAGGAAUUGAAAUCCAUAAAUCUAGUCACCC